AUGAAUAAAUGGUAUAAAGAUAUCGACACGCAGCGUGCUCUUCAAGCAGAUGAACGUCCUUCCUCUAGGUAUAACGGAACCUCAGAGACGGAAUUUACUUAUCUCAGGAAUACACCGAAACCUCCAAAUCCGUACCAAGAGGAGUAUAGCACAGAAGAAGAGCAGUUGUCGAGAGAGCCCACCAACACCUCACUCUCAGAAUUCUCUACCUCACGAAAUGCGUCUAGCUCGAGCCUACGGGGUCGCUCUGCCACGAAUGGAAGCGGAGGAUCCGGUCAACACUCGAAUAGUCGACCACAAUUCCCAAUUGCAAAUGCUCCCCUGACUGUGCACACGCAGUUCACCCCAGGAGCUAUAUCUCCAGGAGAGCGAAAUGGGGCUUCUUAUUUUUCGCCAACAGGCGAGGCUCCUUCAACAAGAUCCAGCUCUCAGUCAACCGCCUUCUCUUAUUCGCGUGGAGGAACUCCGUCAAAUGCAUGGACCGAAGCGGAGCAGAACCGGUACACUGCACCGGCCAUGCCUAGGUCAGGUUCUAGAGAUGGAUCCACGUCCAGCCCUUACUUUAACAAUGCUUCUCGUGGAGCUCAACGUCCCUCACUUCCUCCCCUUUCUUCAAAUCAAAACGGACAGCCCGGAUCACAGUCGCAGUCACAGGCAAGAAUGAGAUCAGCAAGCAGCCCUGAUAUCCAUAAUGGUGCAUUGCCAGACUCUCGUCGGUACGUGAACGGUGGACACACCAUGCAGACUGUAGAUAACGUUCCCGUGCCCCCUAUCCCUCCCCACAUGGCGAAUAUGCGUGCUCCUAUAAAUAGGAGCCAAAGCAGCUCCCCUACCGGAAACAUCCUCCCCAUGCGCUCCGGCACUCAAUCACCUAACAUGCAACCACCAUCUGGCUCUCGCCACGGCCACCCACCAAUGGGUUAUAAUUAUGAAGCCCAUGCUCCAAACGGUCGACCUCAGCAACCUCCGACAUCCAACCCACAACCUUCUCCAUUUGAUGAUGCAGACUCCCAAAUGCCAAGCCAACUAAAAGCAAAAAUCAACUUCGACGACAACUACGUUACCCUCGUAAUUGCUAGUAACAUACUCUUCCGCUCCCUCACAGACCGAGUUGACGCCAAAUUAGCACGGUUUACAGAUCGGUCUAUUGGCGGCAACUCCGCACGACUACGGUAUCGAGACGAGGACGGCGACUUUGUAACGAUCGAUAGUGAUGAAGCUGUUCAGCUUGCAUUUAUGGAAUGGCGCGAGCAGCAUCAGAGCUCACUUGCUACCGGCCAGGUUGGAGAGAUCCAGUUAUUUUGUCAGCCGGUGGAAAAUUGA